UUGUCUCAUGGACUUAGCCAUUAGCCAUUAGCCAUAGCAAUAGCCAUAGCCAUUCCUUUCCCCCAAUUCCUUCAGCAUUCCUAAUGUCUCCCACCGUCGGUGCCUUGCCUUCCACCAGCAACGGUGAAGCCCCGUCGGUGUACGACAUUCUCCGAGAAUUCAACUUCCCAAUAGGUCUUCUUCCCGAAGGCGUCGUGGGUUGUAAGUUAGAUCGAACUACUGGAAAAUUGGAGGCUUAUUUGAAACGAUCAUGCCAUUUCUCACCCGAUGAGCCAUAUGAAUUGAAAUACAAAUCCACUAUUAGUGGAAACAUUUCAAGGAAUAGAUUGACAAAUCUAAAAGGGGUGAGUGUGAAGUUUAUGUUCUUUUGGGUUAACAUUGUGGAGGUGGUGAGAAAUGGUGACGAUCUAGAAUUCUCGAUCGGGAUGGCUACGGCGUCGUUUCCUGUUGAUAAUUUCUCCGAGUGCCCGCCGGGUGCGUGUGGAGUCGAUUGCAAUGAUGGAAAAGUCAGGAAAAUUAAAGCUAAAUCUCUUGUUUCAUCAGCUUGAAUAACUCAUGCUUUUUCUUUUCAAUUGUUGAUAUGAAAAAAAGGGUAGGAAUUAUAAUCUCUUGAUUUGAAGCUUGAAACAUAAAAUUGGGUUAAAACCGAUGUUGGAAUUGAGUAGGAAUUCAAAUUUGUUUUUUUGUUUUUA